AUGUUAAAUGCCUGCAAGAGCAUAGAGUCACCCAGAUCAGAUAGAAUCGAAGAAGGAACCUCCACAGCAGUUUACGAACCCACAAUGGACAUAAUGCAAAAACUGAACACCCUGGAAAGCAGACUGAAGGAGGAGUAUCUUCGCUGGGAUAAAGUGAUGAAGUACAUGGAAAAGACUUACUUCCAUAAUUUACGUAGGGACUUUGAUGAACCUAAGUUUACUUCGGAACUGGGGAGAAUUCAAGAAGAAGAAGAGGAAAAGAACGAGGAAGUGACGUCAGACCAAGUUAAUUCCAGACCAGCAGUUGAGAGGUUUGGAGAUGUAAAGACGGCUCAGGUGCUUAUACCAGCAAGAGAUUAUCCUUUUGUCAGAAUGCAAGGUCUGAAUCAUUAUCAAAGUACUCAAGAUAUGAAUAAUUAUGAAACUAAACGGAAACCAAGAGUCAAUUCUCUUGCAAGAAUUGAGGAGGAGGAAGAAAAUGCUGAAGAAGCUACGACAGGUCAAGUUGAUCCAACAAAAGUCAGAAUUGAAGAAGCCAAAGUUGCUAACGUAAGGCAGAGAUCAAAAGUUUGUUGUCUCGGAAAGAUUGAAGAGGAAGAGGAAGAAGACGAGGAGGACGUCUCUAAUUAUCGGGACAAGCUGAGGGCAGUAAAUUUCUAUUCUUUUGUGGAUCAAAAGCUAUUAAGGGACUUUAAUCCUCAACGCAGAGUAACAAAACCUCUCCAGCCAAGUAAACAAGCAUUGGACAGAGUUGAAGAGGAGUACAUACUCAUCAUCAGAAAUUUGGCACCUACAGUUUCUGAAGAGGAUAUUGUGGAGUUAUUUACAAAUGUUGGGGGGUAUGCUUCAGCUAAAUUGGUGAAGAGUGGUAUAGCAUGUGUCGUUUAUUCUCAGCAAUCAAGUGCUGAGACUGCCAUGCUCAUGUACAAUGGUAUGAACAUGAAUGGACAGGAGAUUAAUAUAAAAUUGGUUAAAUAA